GAUCGAGGUGGGGGCAGGUAACGGAGGAGUCUGAUGGAUGUUUCUCUCGCCCGGCUUCCCCCUUCCUCUAAAAACCAGUGAAAUCAUUACCGUGGGUGAGGAUUGAAAGAAGACGUUACCAAGCCCUUUAAUAAGCAGGCAGGCGGCCUCAGCAUUGGCGGGUGUAACGAGUUCCCCAAGUGAUGCUGGAGAUAGAAACACACGUUUGAAAAAUCACCAAGAUGUUGGCUAGACGAGAUCGGAGAACACUGGACACUGAGAAAAGUUCCUGAGAGGCAAGACCAAGCUCCGUGGGAGGCUGGGCGGGGAGAAGAGCGGAGAGGAGGCGGCACUCUUCCGGGAGGUCUCAUCCCGACGAACAUCGCUCAUUACCCCGCAUCCCGCACACCGGCAACGCCCCUCCACCGUCGGGACCACCCGUUCCCAGGGCUGUUCCCGCGAUGUGGCCCGAGCCCGGGACGGAGGUGCCACCAUCCUAGGCUGGCGAGGGGCGUGCCUCCACGCGAAGCGAAAGCUGGCAAAGCGGUUUCCGCUGCCAGCACCCAAGAUGGCGACACCAGCGUCGCCACCACGCGGAACACAUGCUCUGUACUCCGCUUCGACCCGCCCCUCGGGUCGCACUGGACUUUUGCAAGUCACCGUAGGAACCCUCAAAGGGGGGGGUCCCGCGCUUCGGCGGCGACACUACCUCCCAGUCCCAAGCCCUUCUCCCCCGGCCGAAGAAGGCCCUGGAAGCGCUCAGCCUGCACAGUUUACUCCGCACCCAGCUCGUAAUACCCACUGUGGCCGGCGCAUGGCCGUGGGGGCCCGGAUGCCGGGGGCGAGAGGGCCCUUCGCCCCACUUAUUGGAGGGCCCACGCCGUGGGGGCGGGCUUACACGCCCAUUGGGCCGUGAAUCAUGCCCGUCUUGGGAAAUGGGGAAAAGGAGGCGGAAGAAACUCAGCCAUUGGGCCUCCUCUCCUGUCAAUCAACGUGACAUCCGGCGACGGCCACGGUCUCGGCUCGUUGAUUGGAGAAACGUGUUGGCCGCGGAGGGCGGGCUUGCAAGUGAGGUGGGAGGAGGAGGCGGGGAGGGAAGCGGAGGCUGGGGAAGCUCUAGGCCGGCCGGCGGCGGCGGCGGCGGCGGCAGCUGCGGCGAGGCGGGGAUUCGAGUGGCGGACCUGCUGUGGCAGCCGUGGCGGACGCCGAGCUCAGCAGCGGGUUUCUCUGGAAACCCUCCUGGUAAGAGUGGAGGAGGUGGGACGCUCUGACCCCAAGACAAAAGGCCUGUAGCUCCAGCCAAAGAAAAUAAACCUUAGGAAGAAAAACACACACCAAAAAACCCCACAAAAAACAACACCCCCCAUCAGCUGUUCCCGAGAACAGCCUGCAGUGGAAUCGACAGAGAGGACGACUAAUGGGAGUGAGGAAGUGACUGUAUGUGGACUGUGGAGACAGUAAGUCACGUGGACCCUGAGGGCCUGGCCUGGGUUAGGAGCUGUGUACUUUCAGAGGUGAGGUGUCCGGAAGGGAAAAGUGAAUGUGGUCUGGAGUGUGGCCUUGGCUCCACGGGCUGUGCUUUCCUCUGAGGCCUUCAGGGAGCUCAGCCCCGGUGUUCAGCCAGGGUGGGGUGGGGGCUUGGCGUUGAGUGGGGGGUGACUGGCUGGCUGGAGCAGCAGAGCAGUGGCCUUGAUUUGUCUUUUGGAAGAUUUAAAAACCAAAACACACAAACGUUGUGGUCCUUCAGCAAUGCUUUCUCUGAAGAAAUACUUAACGGAAGGACUCCUCCAGUUCACCAUUCUGCUGAGUUUGAUUGGGGUGCGGGUGGACGUGGAUACUUACCUGACCUCACAGCUCCCCCCACUCCGGGAGAUCAUCCUGGGGCCCAGUUCUGCCUACACUCAGACCCAGUUCCACAACCUGAGGAAUACCUUGGAUGGCUAUGGCAUCCACCCCAAGAGCAUAGACCUGGACAAUUACUUCACUGCCCGGCGGCUCCUCAGUCAGGUGAGGGCCCUGGACAGGCUCCAGGUGCCCACCACCGAGGUGAACGCCUGGCUGGUCCACCGGGACCCGGAGGGGUCUGUCUCCGGCAGCCAGCCCAGCUCGGGCCUUGCCCUCGAGAGUUCCAGCGGCCUCCAGGAUGUGACAGGCCCAGACAACGGGGUGCGAGAAAGCGAAACGGAGCAGGGAUUCAGCGAAGAUUUGGAGGAUUUGGGGGCUGUAGCCCCUCCAGUCAGUGGAGACUUAACCAAAGAGGACAUAGAUCUGAUUGACAUACUUUGGCGACAGGAUAUUGACCUGGGGGCUGGGCGUGAGAUUUUUGACUAUAGUCAUCGCCAGAAAGAACAAGAUGUGGAUAAGGAACUACAAGAUGGAGUGGAGCAGGAGGACACCUGGCCAGGAGAAGGAGAAGAAGUUCUGGCACGAAACCUGCUAGUGGAUGGAGAAACUGGGGAGAGCUUCCCUGCCCAGGUGCCUGGUGGGGAGAACCAGACAGCCCUGUCUUUGGAAUUGUGCCUUAGGCUGCUGGAGUCCACCUGCCCCUUUGGGGAGAAUGCUGAGUUUCCAGCAGACAUUUCCAGCUUAACCGAAGCAGUGCCUAGUGAGAGUGAGCCCCCGGGUCUUCAGAACAACCUCUUGUCUCCUCUCCUGACGGGGACAGAGUCACCAUUUGAUUUGGAACAGCAGUGGCAAGAUCUCAUGUCCAUCAUGGAAAUGCAGGCCAUGGAAGUGAACACAUCAACAAAUGAGAUCCUGUACAAUAACCCUCCUGGAGACCCACUGAGCACCAACUAUAGCCUUGCCCCCAACACUCCCAUCAAUCAGAAUGUCAGCCUGCAUCAGGCGUCCCUGGGGGGCUGCAGCCAGGACUUCUCCCUUUUCAGCCCUGAGGUGGAGAGCCUGCCUGUGGCCAGCAGCUCCACCCUGCUCCCACUGGUCCCCAGCAAUUCCACCAGCCUCCACUCCACCUUUGGCUCCACCAACCUGUCAGGCCUCUUCUUUCCACCCCAGCUCAAUGGCACAGCCAAUGACACAGCAGGCCCUGAGCUGCCUGACCCACUGGGGGGUCUGUUAGAUGAAGCCAUGCUAGAUGAGAUCAGCCUGAUGGACCUGGCCAUAGAAGAAGGCUUUAACUCUGUGCAGGCCUCCCAGCUUAAAGAGGAAUUUGACUCUGACUCAGGCCUCUCCUUGGACUCUAGCCAUAGCCCUUCCUCCCUGAGCAGCUCUGAAGGCAGCUCCUCCUCCUCCUCUUCCUCCUCUUCCUCUGCUUCUUCCUCAGCCUCUUCCUCCUUUUCUGAGGAAGGUGCUGUUGGCUACAGCUCUGACUCUGAAACCCUGGAUCUAGAAGAGGUGGAGGGCGCUGUGGGCUACCAGCCCGAAUAUUCCAAGUUCUGCCGCAUGAGCUACCAGGAUCCGUCUCAGCUCUCUUGCCUGCCCUACUUGGAGCAUGUGGGCCACAACCACACGUACAACAUGGCACCCAGUGCCCUUGACUCUGACAAGCAGAUGAGCCGGGACGAGCAUCGAGCCCGAGCCAUGAAGAUCCCCUUCACCAAUGACAAAAUCAUCAACUUGCCUGUGGAGGAAUUCAACGAGCUGCUGUCCAAAUACCAGCUCAGCGAAGCCCAGCUAAGCCUCAUCCGGGAUAUCCGGCGCCGGGGCAAGAACAAGAUGGCAGCGCAGAACUGCCGGAAGCGCAAGCUGGACACCAUCCUGAACCUGAAGCGGGAUGUGGAGGACCUGCAGCGUGAUAAAGCCCGACUGCUGCGGGAGAAGGUAGAGUUCCUCCGGUCCCUGCGGCAAAUGAAGCAGAAGGUUCAGAGCCUGUAUCAGGAGGUGUUUGGGCGGCUGCGAGAUGAGAAUGGGCAACCCUACUCUCCCAGUCAGUAUGCUCUCCAGUACGCUGGGGAUGGUAGUGUCCUCCUCAUUCCCCGCACCCUGGCUGACCAGCAGGCCCGGCGGCAGGAGAGGAAGCCAAAGGACCGGAGAAAGUGAGCCUGGGGAGGAAGGGGGGUUGACACUCACCAAGAUUGAAACUGGAGAAGGGCUGGGCCUGGACCUGGACCUACAGUGGGGGACUUGAAUGCCUUGUUAUCCAAUAGAUCUCAGAUGGGAUGACUGUGGGUCAGUGGACAGGAAGAGGCGGGCAUAGGCACUGUCUGGCUGAGCUUCCCCCACUGGGGAAUGUCGAAGUUGCCAGACUGUCUGGGUGGACAGGGUCUUCACCCAUCCCCCUUUCCUUUGAGGGAAGGGGUGGGGUGGUGAUGGCAUUGAUGGAGGCCGACAAAGGGGAAGGAAGGGACUUGUGAGAGGAGAGAAAAGUAGUAGAAAGUCUCAUUCCAGGAAGAAAUGAAGGAAAGAAAAACCAAAAAAAAAAAAAAAAAUCAAAAUCAAA